GCGAUCGAUAACCCGCCAACCCGACGAUCUCGGCACUCUCGGACGACAACCAAUCGACGAACCAAACGCGCUCGUCAAGCCGACCACCACUUCGACUCGGCUCGCUCGCACCCUCGCGAGUGAGAGUGCCCGUCGCGUCACGUCGAGGCUGUAUACCGCGCGCGCGGGCGCGCGUCUACUACGUGUCUCUACUGGCAUCUGCCAUGCCGACGGCAUUGCCGUGAACCGCUCAUCGUCGUGCACGCCACGAAUCGCGAGGCGCCGGCGGCGACGACGGCGAUGAUGAGUCCCCGUUUAUCAAGUUUCUCCGUACGCGCGCUCGAAAGAGCAAGUAGGCGACGCGUCGUGUGAGCUAGCGCGCGUGUACGUGCACGCGGGGGGAGGGAGCCACGCGCGGGCGAGUGCGCGCGCGCGUGCUGGAGGUGUGUGUAGGUGUGUAGCUGUGUGCACGGUGAGUGGUGUGCGUGAUCCGCAAGAUUCCUUUGCGGAUGGACUUUUCCUCGAGACGCACGGCGUGCGUUAUAUUCGGCCGGCCGAGCAACGGACGCGUACGUUCGCCGUCGGCUCCUGCGCGCCGACGGCGGCCAUUUUGAAUCGACGUGCUCAACGCGGCGGCGGCGGCGGCGGCGGCGGCAGCGGCAGCGGCAGCGGCAGUUGUCAACGUAGGUCGUUGCGCGCGCCGUGAAACGCCGAAAUCGGAUAACUUUUCGUGUAGGGCGCGCACUGGCCGCCUCGAGAGACGUCGCUUCUCCUCUGUGCGACGAGGCGAGCCUUCCUCGUGAGAAAGCGAGGGAGAGAGAGAGAGAGAGAGAGAGAGAGAGAGAGAGAGAGAGAGAGAGAGAGAGAGAGAGAGAGAAAGAGAGAGAGAGAGGGAAAGAGAAGUGUCUCUUCCCCCGGGGCGUUUAUACUCGCGCACGCUCUCUCACGCGAGGACGCCCGCGCGCGCGGCGUACAUUACGCAUAUGUACGUGCGUACAUACUUAGCCAUGGUACCGCGCAGCCGGGCUUUCUACUUUCAAGAGGAAACGCUGAUGGACGCAACAGUGAUAUUCGUGGAGCCACUCGCGCAUUCGGUUCCAGUAGCGCAACUCGAGAAACCGAGACAUCGACUGAUACCGAGGAAAUAAGAAAAAUCCAUACUCUCGAGAGUUGCAAGUACUCGGCAUUGACGCGCAAGGAGAGAGGGAAAGAGGGAGAGAGAAAGAGAGAGAGAGAGACUCACACACAUUCACAUACAUAGUCGGAUCCACCCGCUCGCAAUGCGUCGCUCGUUCGAAUUUGACAUGUGACCGCGGCAGUUGCGUUUACGUAAGUUGCCCCUCGUCCGAACGGACGCUCGUCCUGUCGUGUCCGCGGCCGAAGGAACAAUUUCGUUCUGUGAAUUUUCUUUCGUAUACUUGUCGUGCGUGCGGUACUUUUCGUGAGUGACGGACAACGCCGAACGGUGCGUCGCGAAUACGAUCGAUGACUCCACGAGACAGCUGUGUGCGCGAGUUGACAGCCCAUUCGAGGAGCUAACCUCAAAUCUCGACGAACGAACGAACGAACGAGCGAGCGAGCGAGCGAGCGAGCGAGCGAGCGAGCGAGCGAGCGAACGAACGAACGAACGAACGAACGAACGAACGAACGAACGAACGAACGAACGAACCGCUGUUGAGGUCUAUAGUCAAGUUAAGUAUUAUCGCCAGACGAGAUUGCGCGAUCGAGCGCCUACCGUUUUCCCGCACGGCAGCUGGAGAAACGGGAAGAUCCUUCGAGAAUUCGCGAGGAACCUCGUGACUAACCGUCAACGGUGAGCGACCAUUUUUCGGGGCCAUUUCGUCGUUCUUACCGCGAGAACCAAGUUGCACCGAUAUUAUCGAGUCAUCCUAGAUUACAAAAAUUCGUAUUUUUCUAGAUUGGCUAUCUCUAGAUUAGCGUGUGACUCGAUCUUUUCUAGAAUAAGUACCUCCUAAAUCAGCGACUUGCACUGUCUUUUUCUAGGUUAGCAGCUGACUUUCAAAUUAAAGUUCUUCGACCGAAUUAACGAUUCGCGCGCGGUCGUUUUCUAGAAUAUCAAGUCUCACAUCGGCGAUUAGACUCUUUUUCUUUUUGCAUUUUUAGGUCAACGUCUAGAUCAGCGACAGACUGUCCUCUAGGUUAAUUCUCCUAGACUAGCAACUUGUCUCGUCCUUCUCUAGACUAACCAAUUCUAGAUUAGCGACCGCUCGCCUCUUUCCUGAUCUACAUCAACACGACGUACUUUCCAAAUCACAAUCCCAUCCGCAACUGAGAGCAGGGAAAGAAGACAGAAUUGAAUCGGGAUUAGGGACUAAAGUCUCGCACAUCGUCAUCGGUGCAACCGGUUUGGAUUCGUCGACGUCGUUAAUUUAUUCGUCGUCGGUACACUGAAGCAUAUCAGUGAUGUGAGACGCGCUCCAACUGCGAGUCGCCAGCGCAGCACAGCGGGCUCGUCAAUGCGGCACGGGUUGCCGACAAAUCCGCGAAUGGUGCUCCCGAGGCACGGUGGCCCUUGAGGGAUUGAGAGAAAGAGAAAGAAAGAACAAAAGAGAAAAGACGAGAAAGAGAGAGAGCGAGAGGGGAAGAGGGUGGGAGAGAUGAUGAGGAGGGGGGAGCCAUGAGCACGGCGGAUACCGCGCUGUCAAUUUCAAUCAAGAUGGCCCCAGGGCCGGAACACCGCCAGGAACCGGUAGCUCCUGACAAAAUUGCCGAGAGCGAUCGCGCAGCCGCCGCAGCCGAUGUCGUUGUCGACGUGGAGAACAACGUCAGCAGCGCGACGACCGGCAGCAAUAACAAUAACAACGACGCAGCCUCUGUCGCCUCAGCUCCUGCUUCCGUUCCCGCCGUCACCGCCGCAGCCGCAGCUGCCGCCGCCACCGCUGCCGCCGCCGCCGCCGCCGUCGUCAUUGCGGAACAAAGUUCGAACAUCGAGAUCGCCCCGGCUAAUUCUGCCGCUGGCGCCGAUCCGACCAACCAAAGCUCACCGCCAAGCAGCGCCGUUGACAGUAAACAGGAAGAACCAGCCACUCUUUCUGCAUUAAAUGAGGGUGAACUACGCGCUUUGCUGGACGAAGCUAUAACAUAUAAAUGUCCAAAAGACAGAGAAGGAAAAUCUAAUCUUUUUAAGGAACUUUUACAAGAAGCAGAAGCAGACGAGACUGAGGAAGGACGUAGGGUAAUAUCCAAUUCGCGUUGUUUGCCUGGUUCAAAUCGCAGAAGACAUAAACGAGAAUCUGUAUCCGAGCGUCUGACACACGGAGGAUCGUUACAAAAUUUAGCACAACCUAUCGCUUCAGAAUUCGAUAGUAGUUUCGCUUAUCUGACAUCUGGAUCGUGUCACACUUAUGGCAGUAGUAGGAGGAAGAACAAAAAAUAUACAGGACCCAGUGUCUCCGCUAGACAGAGAGAAGGCGGAUCAUUACCGUCAAAUGUGAACGCAUCGCAUAGCCUUGCUUCUUUGGCUAACUUAGAUCUAAUAUUUGACAAAAAGAAGGGCUUCUGCGAGGAGCGACCUGUGUACGAUUGGACCAAUAAGGAGAAAUCCAAGUCUCUGGACAAACCAUCAUAUACUAGUACAAAGAAAGAAGAUAAAGAGAAAGACAAAAGAGACUCGAAGAGGGACGUAGUGAGCUCGGGCGAGACGGAAUCUGAGACACGUGAGAAGAGAGUUUGCAAAGGAAAAUACGGGACAAAUGAGAUGCUGGAUUCCGAUAAUCCACCCCCAGAGUACAAGUCGGACUACAUGGUGAUCGAUUUAGGUGAUGUUGAGCAGGUAGGUGCUAUCAGUGAGAGGAAUAUAGGGUCCACAGCAAGCGGAGUUCAAAGACCUCGCUCUUUAGACACCGAAAACGACGAAGGAACUGAAAUGAAAAUUAUUGAGCCACGUAGGCCUGUUCAGUAUAUCACACGGGCAACUUUUGACAUAACGCAGACUCCUGUGGACACCACUAUAGAAUUCCCUAUUCGUGAACACAAGCAAGAAAAAUCAAAGAUAUCUGUUAAUGGUACGGAGGUGACGGGGGCUCUGUCAUUUCAACCGCACAACAGCGUAAAAUGCGGUAUAGCUUCCAAUAGUUCCAGCAGUAGCCAGGGUAAGGUUGUACCAAGUUUGUGUUCCGUAAUGCCAGCAUCUUGGCAAGCGCAGAAUAUAACGAUGGAAGGUCCCAGGUAUGCAACGCAGCACAUCACGAUGAAGGAUCCAUCAGCAUCCGGAGAAAAGAAAUCCUUGGACGAAAAUGGAAAUUCCUUACAAACAUAUAAUGGCGAACGAAAAAAGCCUAGGAGAAAACACACUCAAGAGCACAACGUGAAAGUUUAUAAUUCCGAAAACGUCGAAGGUCAUCGUUACGAUAAUGAUAUCGAAACUCUGGUUAACUUCAUCGAAAAUAAUAACUCCAAGAGCAAGAAAGGUAAAACUGGUAAUCCUGUUAGGGUGAAAACUAGUUCGGGCACAAAACCGAGAACUAGAGAAAAGGAUACGAAGAGGGAGCAAUUGCCUUCGAAGCUUCAGAAGUCCAAUUCUCUGGAGGAAAUUUCGAAAACCAAACUAGAGGACUUGACCACAGAGAAAAGUGUUAGUUCCAGCGGUGCUAGUAGCAUAUCCAGUCAACAUGGUACGAUAAAUGUGGCUUUGCGACGUGCAAAGCAGAAGAGUACUGGAGACGCGACAGUUGACAGCCGAGGUGACAGAAGAUCUUGGGGCACAGAGGAGGGUCAGUCGAUAUAUUGCAACGACACAGGAGAGGAUUAUACGAACCGUCGUAAUUCUAACAAGAAAACGAAUCCAGAACCGGAACAAGAGACCGAAUUCCUCGUUGUUACGAAAAAAAAGAAGAGUAAGAAGCAGAGAAGAAGCUCUAGCGGUAGCAGAGCGCAAAAUUUGACAACAUCGAGCUCCUACCUCCAGAAUUCCAGAGGGUUCUCUAACGAAUAUAGAACACCGGUUUCUCCCGAGCUCCGAAGAAAAUCAGCGAGCAGCAUGCCUCCAAGCGACAAGUCUGACAGUAGUGAUCUGGAUUCAGUCCAUUCGUUGCCGGUCACGUCGAACAGCACGAAGCACAAUUUGUCCAAAGUCGCAACGUCAUCGGGUGGCACACCACAAGCGAGUUACGCAGAUAUAGCGCGCAUGGCUACUAUUAACAUGUCUCACAAUUCGGUCUUGAACAUGUCCGCGAUCGUACCGAGCAUGCUAAAUGCAGCGUCGUGGCCCAGCGUUCCACCCAAGACCCCUUCGGAGCCGGACAAAGCGCCUCAGGAUUAUUAUCCCAGUUUGGACGAGAUACAGCACCCGGAGAGAAAAGUGAGGCAGCAAAACCCCGGCCAAACGAGUUCUACGGCUGCGAGUUUGAGUCUCUCUUUCGAGAAGCCGCUCUCGCCGACUCUGACGAAGGGGAAGAACUCGUCAGACGGAAAGAAGGCUGAGGCUCAAGAGGAGGCCAUUAACAAAAAUAUCCAAGUGUUUAAGUACGUGCAGGAUAUUGAGAAAAUGACGCAUGAACACGAGAGUGUGACGCAACAAGAGCAGAAGCACACGGUUUCCGCUAGUCACAGUGCAAAUUCUAGCGAAAUUGUCACUGCCGUGACAAGUUCCGCAACCACGAAUUCUAUGACGCCCAGGUUAAACAACAAUACAGUGACGAAUUAUAAUCCGGUCGAUGUCGAUACCAACAUCAAUUGCACCGUCAACAGUAAGGAUUCUGUCGUGCACUCGAGAGCCAACAAUCCUCGUUCUCGUAGGACUUAUGUACAUAGUAAUCAAAACAUACAAGCUCAGGGACCGUACGAGGAGCAGCAUGUCAAGAAGACCGCAUACUCUUACCACGACGAAGCGGUUAGAAAGUCGCACAACACGGACACUUCACAGUCCGAAGGCAAGGCUAAUAAUUCGAUGAGCUCGUUAUCCGACAACGCAGACGUGCAAAAAGCGAAGACGCCCGCGAAGCCUGUACAAGAGUUACAGAACGCAGACGAAGCUGACGGCAAUAAUAAGACGGCUAGACGGAACAGCGACCCGAAGCCAACGACGAGAGUUGCGAAGGAGUAUCAGAACAUCGCGAUAAAACACGAUGUGGUGGUGGCGAAAGUUGUUGCAUGUGGUCAAUCGCAGAACUCGAAGCAGGACAAUCAGCGUGAAGACGAGAAUAAGAAGACGAAGUCACAGAAUACGACGCAGUCCGAUAACAAGGAGCAGCAGCCGUCGCAAAGAACGUCGGAGAUGCAGCAGACGAAAAAUUCCACUCCCAGGCCAGCGGUGAUUCUAUUGGAUGAGACCUCAUCGGAUAUUGCCAAGAACAGCAAUCUACCAACGGAACUCACCUUUGGCUUUGAAAUAAACGAGCAACUGCUGCUGUCGGAGGACUCUGGCAACGAGGAGACAACGACGCCGACUCCGAGUCCCGUCUUCACGGCUACUGUGCCGCCUCUCAUCAGCAAGCCGCCGCCCAAUUUCGCCGAGAGGAACCCGCCGGCUGCUGUGUUCGAGAAAUCUGUGAGAUACGACAAGUUUUCGCCUAAUUAUCACAUGCAACAGCCAUCGAAUACUCACGUCACACCGCCGCCACCGCCGCCGCCUGUUCAUCCAGUGAUGGUGCAACCAUUACCGUACAUGAGCUAUCCCACGAGGUUUCCGCCGCCCACGUAUCUGCCACCGCCGCCGUCACCUCCACCUGGAAUCGUGGAAAAGUUUCAUCAGCCAAAGGAGGACUUCUCUAUGCUGUAUGUCGCGCCGGAGGAGGAGUUAAACGUGCAAAUGUACAACCACGAUAAAAUCGUGACGUUUGUCGGUUUAGCGUGGGACGCGGUUAUGAGGGAGAUACCAAUUACUUCGAGCGGUCGCAUACAGUUCUACAGUGGACAGUGAAGUGAUUGUUUCUAACGCACUGAUUGAAAUAACAGGCAAUAACAGUCCUUUUGUACUGGUAAAACUACUUCCAUUACAAAUAGAUAGUUCGAUGAGAGUCCUGUCGCUGACACGAAACCAAGUACUCUACGUGUUAUGCAGUUGCUUUAGUCAAGCGCGAGAGCAACCUUUCGCUUGGAGAACCAUCUGUUUCACUUCAUUCGAGUCGUAUGCUAAGUCAGUGCGAAAUUAGUGAAGCCGAACGGCGCGAAGUGUGCCUCAAGAGAUAAUAAUAGCGAUGUAUAUAUAAUCAGUCACCAAAAAAAAAAAAAGAAAAAAUACGAAGGAAAGACGGGGAAAGAGGACAAAGUGUGUAUAUGUACUCAGCACGUACAUUAUGCUUGCGUAAAUCUUUCACGAUGACAAUGGUCUCGUAAGCAAAUUUCAGUAUUGACAAUUAGCAACGUUUUUGGAUUGAGAGUGGUGAGACUUCCUCUCCAAGGGACUAUGUAUCCUGUCCCUUAAAACGAAGGAAACUUGCAGUGUUCGAGUUACGCGUGUACAUACGUUAAGUAUCCAUAUGAAAUUUUCGAGAAUUGUCCUUAAAACUCGUGUAUCAGUGUACGAAGUUUCAGACAAGAUGAAGUUUGAAGAAGUGCUUCAAAAAACGCUACAAAGAGAGGAAGAGAGACACACUUGCAAUAAAGCCAGGACUACGGUGAAGCGGGUUUAUCGAAGGAAGUAAUCUCGCACACUGACAGUGGUGUCUCCUGGUGCCUUUAGACUCACGAAUCUUUAGGCUAGUCGGAGAAACCUGCUAUAAAUUAAAAUUUCACGUGGAACCGUGAAAUUUGUGAGAGAUAACGCUAAAUACUUAUAAUUAGUUUCGAACUCUGUGAGCUGGGGAUAAUCUUAAGUGAGACACUGAGAGGAAGAUUACAAACCAGCUGGGUGAGUCUAUGUCGAAAUACCAUAAAAAGUCAAAAUAUACAGAUAUUGAAAGCUAGAUGUACUUUAUUCGACACAGUGUAAUGCAAGUUGAAAUGUGCGGAUAUGUAUCGGAGAGAUAAUGAAUGUAAAUGCGCGGUUGAACAUGUGUACAAUAUAUUAAGAUAGCGUGUUUGACUUUUAAGAACUUCUCAGAGUGGCUACUUCUUCCAACUGUGGCAGUCGAUAGUUAAAACAAAAAAAGGAAAAAAAAAGCGAAAACAAAGUCGUCAUUAACUGGGUUUUGAAAAUGUCGCGCUCAAAGUCUGGUCAAAUGACAGUGAGAUAGGAUGCGAGUGUGUCGAAAAGCGUUAAAUUUUUACACAGACCCGCUUAUUUAAUAAAUAACUAAUAAUUAUUCGUAAUAAUAAUUAUAAGAUGAUACCUGCUUGUGAUCAUAAAGAAUACGAUGGUGUGAAUGCGUGUAAUUCGUGUAGACAUUCUUCUAUUGCGUGAUUAUGGUGAUGAGACCGCUGUUCGAUCGUAACUAAAUAUAUGCGUCACACAAAUACCUUGUUGUAGGACGUUCGGAAUGGAAGUUAUUCCAAAUUAAAUGCAUUUCAUGAAGUAACGAAUAUUGAUACAGUGACACUACGCGUGCAUAUCCGCACGAAACAUGUUCGCCUCAUGUUUGAACGGUGAUUGUUUACAGUUUAACGGGAGAAUCUGUUUAUUUGAGAAUCAACAAAUUUCAUAUUAUACUUAUGAAUCACUGACAAUAUAUAUAUAUAUACAUAUAUAUUUUUUUUUUUUAAACUGCCUUGCUUACAUGUUAUCGUCUACAGCAUAUCCGUUACUUCUCUAUUAUUCCAAGAUUUUGUGAGAAAAAUUAACAGUUUGCUGGUAUGAGUUUUCGACGCGUAAGGACCUCGUCGAUCUACGAUGGGCACACGCCGCAGGUACACACGUCAAAUCUGGACGAUUAGUGCGGUUAGUUGACUUUCCAUUCGACUCGCGAGGUUUCGUUAUACUUACUGUUACCUGCAUUCUGCCGUCACCGUGGAACAGACGUUGUCUUGACAAACUGCACAAAGAUAAUCCACGUGCAUUAUAUUAAUAAUGUGUAUUGUUUGCUCAUUAAAUGUAACUCGACUUUUAUAGGACUCUACGCGCGAGAUACGUUCCUAGUUCCUAAGUUCACGUUUUCUCGUAUGUUACGAAUCAAACGAUAAUUCACCGAUUUCGCAAACGCGCGGUUUUGCAUUUUUCGAGGCGUUAUUUACAGGCGUAAUAAAAAAAGGGAGUGGGGGGCAGAGGAGAAAGAAAUGACCUUCACUAUUUCAACGAUUGUGGGAUGGAUACACGCCGGCGAAUCUUAAUCGUUUUAACUCGUUGGGAGUACAAGGAAAAAA